AUGUCAGUCCGAAAACUGGAGCGGAAAAGCGGCCAGGUCUACGAAGAACAGGCUAUGGCUCCUGGUUUAUCAUACUCUAUGGGCCCAUCUUGGGUUCAUGAAAGCCCAUUCUGCACCGCGGAGCACGAUGCAAGACACCAGAAGGGCGCACCCGCUUUGAAGGAGUUGUACCCCGCCGAAUUUCGGGGUGUUGCGAAAUACCGAUCCAUGAAAGUCAAGUGGCCCCAGAUGCCAUUGCGAGAAUACUGGAGCGUAGUCAAGAGCGAUACUCUUAGCUGGCGCUUGGUCUUGACUCUGUCACCCUCGUUUGGGCGGGUACCAGAGCUCGUGGAGAUUGCUGAUAUUAAGAAUCUCGUUGCGCUGGAGAUCGCUACGCCACUGCAGGUAAUGCCGAUGCUAGACAGCUCGGAACCACAUAUCGCUGGGCUGAACGAUCGAAUCGCACGAACGUGGAGUGAGCUGGUGGAGACGUCAGGAGCAUUUACCCACCUUCGCAUCCUCAGAUUGUACUGCCAACCAGACCUUACACCGGUGGGGAUGCGGUACCUCAGUGGUCUUCCAGGAUUGCGUCUUAUAAUCGCCCAUGGAUGCCCUAAUCUCAAAUCCUUCCUUCAAGGCGAAAGCCUGGACAAAGAUCGGUGGGAGGUGACAACAAUACCACAGUUUGUGGUCAAAAAAUCCGAUCAACUGGAAGGAUCAGAGCCUCUAACACUCUAUGAAUGCUAUCAGACAAGCUUUCAUGACAGCAGUGAUGGACACGCGAUAGAAGACGGCAUUCUAGACCGAGGCAGCCCUGUUUUGGACUUUCGCAUCGUCCCAGAAGGCAGUCAAGGCUUGGGCAAAAGAGGCUGCAGUUCAUCUACGAUAUACUUCCAACGCAGAAAAGCCUCUGGGCCUAGACCUCCAGAACCACCACAAAAGAAGCUGAAGAUGACAGGUCAAUCGCCAGAAGAGACGUCACGGCCGAGAUCUGGAUCCAGAAAGCCAGUGAUGAGAGAGCGAAAUCCGAGAGAUCUCCGAGACGUCUUAGGUGACUUUCUUUAA